AACUCCAGAGCUGGAGUAAUUGCUAGACUAUGUAUGAGAUGCCGAGGCAAGCGCUGGUUGGAUGCUUCUAUAUGCUCAGUGGUGAAGUCUUCCACUGCGGGAGUAAUCUUUUACCUCAAGCAUUAUAUUCGGUUUGGGUAUGUGUUACGAUGUCGGUGCCAAGUGUUGUGGGAUUGAAUUUUGGCAAAUUGAGACUUUCUUUUUUUCCUCUUUUUUUUUUCAAAAUGCCUACGCUUUUUUUCUCAACUCAACUCAAUAAACUUUCAUAGCUGCGGACCCAACGCGUGACAGGAUACUUUCGGCGAAGGUUGAAAAAGAGGUCAUCGUGUGCUCGGGCGCUAUAGGCUCACCACAAUUCCUAAUGCUCAGGUUCGUUUCGUUCUUCAACAGUUUUUUUCCUUUGCAAAAAAGAAAAAGAGGGAAAAAACGGACUAACCUUUUGAUUGCACAGUGGCAUUGAACCUCGUGAGAGUCUGGAAGAACAUGGUAUUGAAGUGGUUCAUGACCUGCGAGGAGUCGGAUCUGAAUUAGUAUGCCCCUAUUUAUUCCUACCCACGAUGUAUACUUACUAACAUGCUUUGAUACAGUCAGAUCAUAUCAGUAUUCCAGUCGCUUGAGAGGUACCCGCAGCCGAAUCACUAACUUCCAUGGCAACCAGCCCCUUGAGAAUCGCACUCGAACUCUUGAAAUAUAUCUUUUUCCGAGUAGGUCUUUUCAGCAUUCCCGUUCAAACCUUAGCCCUCUACGUCCGCUCUCGAGUGAUCAAUAAAGACAGUACUGGGAUUGUGGAAACGCUUCCGAAGUCUUCUGAUCCUCAAAGCCUGAUCCCUGAUAUUGAACUUAUGCCACUUUCUACAAGUGCUAUGGAUAAUUUCGACGAGCCGGAAUUCAAAAAUAUUUUCUCAAAGAUACCCAUGUUCUGCAUUCUAGCCACAAUACUUCGACCCAAAUCCCGUGGAACAGUCCGUCUAGCAUCAAAUAACCCACAUGAUAAACCAAAAGUCGACUAUGGUAUCUUGUCCGAUGCUUCUGAUUACAGUCUAGCUCGAAGCGCCAUUCGUCUCUCACUUUCUAUAGGAGAUCGAAUGAAAACUUCUGGUUUUCCAAUUCUUCGAAAUAUCCCCUUUCCUGCGAAAAUCCAAGAACGGGAUGUGAGGAAUGAUAGUACGGAGGAGAUGGAUAAGUUUAUUCGUCAAAGAAUAAGAUCAACUUUCCACUAUGCAUCUACUUGUAGAAUGGCACCUGAGAAUGAUCAAAACCCGGAAGUGGUGGAUGAUCAGUUGAAGGUUUAUGGGGUUGAGGGAUUGAGAGUUUGUGAUGCGAGUAUUUUUCCGCAGAUUUUGUCGGGAAAUUUGCAGGCGCCUGCGGUUAUGGUGGCGGAAAAAUGUGCGGAUUUGAUCAUAAACCGGAUGUGAAUUAUUUGGAUCGGUACGAGGGAAGAUUAGUCGUCUCUUUUUUUGGUUUAGUUUUCUGCUUGUCAAUAAAGCAUGCGUGGAAUUUUGGUGGGCUGGUGGCUCGGUACGUAAUUGUCUAUUUGAGAG